UGCCAUGCCCGCCUCCGCACUGGGGACUUCGCAGUUCACAUGCCGGCACCGUCGUGCUGGGGCGCGGCGCAGCUCAGAUCAGCUCAGAUCAGCUCAGCACGCAUGGAGGCGCAACCAAGGCAUGAUAAGAAGCCUGCAAUAGAAGUGGGAGUUACACCGGCAGUCGCCCAAGCCCAUGCCCACCCAGUAGCUGCGGCGCAGCACAACCGACCGCGGAUUGUGUGGUCCCCCCGUCGCCCACUCACUCACUACUCACUCCCCCGCUUCCACGACAAAGGCUCCUUUCUUUCGAUAUCUCUAUCAUUCAUCUUACUUACAUCAUACAGUUCUUUCUUCUCCUGCAACACACGCAUCAGCUGCACCAAGCAAGUAGGCACGCUCACGCACACCCACACGCACAAUCACAAGCAAUCACAAGCGCACAAGCGCACAGCACAAGGCCUCAACCAAGCAGUGAACGGGGCGUGGUAUUCCUCGUCUAGAUAUAUAUGUAACAGCGCAGCAAAGCAGCAAGGGAGCUCAAGUCCCCACCCUACUUAUGCCUCACUCAGCACACGACGCAGCCCCAAGUCGGGCCCUUGCUCGUAGCAUUGUUGGACGGGUCGGGCUUGAAUUUACGCAUUUUUGGUGUUUGCUGUGUGGUGUGUGGUGUGAUGUGUGUGUGUGUGUGUGUGUGUGUGUGUGUGUGUGUGUGUGGGUGUUGAAAACGAAUGAAUGAAAUUAAACGGUGUGUAUGGUUGUUUGAUGAGAGAGAGCGGAGGAAGGGCUUUAUACUUGCACCUGCGCCUGCACCCCCCUUGACAUGGCUGUGGCGGCAACUAACCAAGAAAGAAAAAGGAAAGAAAGCAGUUAAGAGAUAGCUGCGUACACGCGCUUUGUGUGCGCGCGCUAGAGCGGCUCUGGCCAGACCACAGGCGGGCUGGACUUGUCUGUUUACAUGCAUACAAUACGCAGGACA